UGUCAAGUGUCAAAUUCUGAAACAUCACAAAUUAUUUUAUUUAUUGCAAUAGGAAUAGAUAACCUUCUUAGGCACUUUCUUCUUCAGUUUGUGUUUAAAGCGCAAUUUUGAAGCUCAAGAAGCCAAAACAUUUAAGUAUCUGCUGUUUGAGGGGCAAGGGAAAACGCAACUGUGUUUGACGCACAGAUCUCAAAAACGACAAUUUGGAACAAGCGCUUGAAACAUUGCGCACGCAUGUGCUCGAUUGGGGGCUCAAAUUGUGCAAUUGGGAAACAACUUAUAACUAAACAGAAACGAUGUCAAUACUAAAAAAAAAUCAUAAAAUGAAUGUACCGUUCAACGAUUGAGAGUAAUUGCAUUCAUAAAAUAUAAUAGUAUUCCAGAUAUAUUUCUACACAAUAUAACUUUGUUAUAUUGAAUUAAAUAUUUGGAAAUCGCUUCUAGCUGGAACGUUUUUGUAUUUAAUAACUUUGGUGAACAAUGAGUUUCAGAGAAGCCAUUAAAUCGAAAAAAGGGUCUUUAAAACAUACGGACACUAUAGUUACUACAGUCGAUGGCAAGAUAAUUAAAGAAACUAAAGACAAAUCUGAAAUAAUUGGUGAAUGUGUUGGAUAUAUUGUAGACACUAAACCUGAUAGAAUUCCAGCAAAAAUAAUAAACAAUUUAUAUUUAGGAGCCCAAGAUUGCUGCGAAAAAGAAGUUUUAGACUGUUUUGAUAUUAGAGUUGUGUUAAGUAUAGGAAUUGAACCAUCAGAGAAGUACCGAAGUAUCAUUUAUAAAUAUAUAGAAUGUUUAGAUUUACCAGAAACGGAAUUAAAAAGUACCUUAGAUAUAGCUAUACCAUUUAUAGAUCAACAUAUAGAUUUCAAUCAAAUAUUGGUACAUUGUAAUGCAGGUGUGAGUAGAUCUGCAUCUAUUGUAAUUGGUUAUUUAAUCUUAAAAAAGGGAUUUGAUUAUGAAGGGGCUUUACAGUUGUGUAGAAAAGUUAGGAGUUGUGUCAAGCCAAAUAUUGGUUUUGAAAAACAAUUGAAAAUGUUAAGUAAUACUUUAUGAAAGAUUUUCUUUGUUUCUAAAGAAGAUAUCUUGGUUAUUGAAUAAAUCAGUUUUGUAAUUGUGAAAGUUGGUGUUAUGAUAGUAAAUAUACAUAAAACGAGAUUAAGAUUUCUGUGGCCCCUAAAGUUGACUGUGGUCUCUAAUAAGAGCCACCCCUUAUGGUAUUGGAAAAAUAAAGAUAAAAUUCUAUCACCCCUGUGUUUUGAGAUAUAUAGGGUCAAAACUGGGUAUCCCAAAGUUGGAAAAAGAAAGGAAAACAGAGGCCCCAGGUCUUAAACCAUCCAAAAGGUUUCUUUCCUAUUCCACCAAUUGAUCUCAAAAGGCCCUUCCAUUGAACAAUAACGAACUAAAAGAGUUAUUGGUAUAUUUACUGCUGAACUAGCAUCUGAAGAACAUUGGAUAAACACCCGGCAACUGUUGUCAUUUCGGUAAGGAACCAAAGGAAACUGCCAAACACCUACUUUGUGAGUGCGAGGCAAUCAAUAAACAAAGACCAAGGUACUUACAUUGAAGCUUUCUAAAGCCUGAAGUGGUAAGCUGCAUAGACAACAGACAGGUAGCUCACUUUAUAUGGUAGUUUUCCUCAGACUGGUGGACACAAUAGGUCAAAGUGUUUAUUUGUUACAAAUUAAAAAAUAAAA